CUGCAGAAUAUGAGCUGCUGUCCACAGCUUUCUGGAUGUAAAUUGAUGAGGUCAUAGUGUUUUCCAGUUACAGAAAAAAAAAAAGUUAAGGAAAAAAAGAAAGUCUUCAACUUGUUUUUCGAGAGAGACGAAAACCCGGAGGAGCUGAAGAAAUGGAGCAACUUGUGAAACUCCUCCUGUGGCACAUUUUGCUUCAGCAAAGUUCUGUGUGUUCAUAUUCAGUGCCAGCUGAUGCCUCCAACCCCGAGAGCGUGGUGGUGUCCGUGCUGAACAUCAGUGCUGUGCUGGGCUCUCAGGCCGUGCUGCCCUGCAAGAGCCACCGCAUGGUGUGGACCCAGGACCGGCUCAACGACCGGCAGCGCGUCGUGCACUGGGACGUGCACAGCACCUACUACGGGGACAACAAGAUGGAGAGGCUCUGUGACAUGUACUCUGCUGGGGACCAGCGUGUCUACAGCUCCUACAACCGGGGCAGGAUCUUCAUGCCCGAGAACGCCUUUGUAGAGGGCAACUUCUCCCUGGUGAUCAAAGGUGUUGCAGAGAGUGAUGAAGGCAUAUACUCCUGUAAUCUUCACCAUCACUACUGCCACUUGUAUGAAACUGAGAAAAUCCAGCUCACCAUCACCAAGAAAGCCGAGGACACCGGCGAGUUCUGGGACGGGGAGAAGCCGGUGGUGGUGGCCCUGCAGGGCAGCACCGUGACGCUGCCCUGCGUCAACCGCAACCACAUCUGGACGGAGCGGCACAGCGAGGAGGAGCAGCAGGUCGUGCACUGGGACCGGCAGCCCCCCGGGGUGCCCCACGACCGCGCCGACCGCCUCGUCGACCUGUACGCCUCCGGCGAGCGCCGCUCCUACGGGCCCCUCUUCGUGCGCCGCAAGAUGAACGUCACCGACGCCGCCUUCGCCCUGGGCGACUUCUCCCUGCGGAUCUCGGAGCUGGAGAGCGCCGACGAGGGCACCUACUCCUGCCACCUGCACCACCACUACUGCGGCCUGCACGAGCGCAGGAUCUACCGCGUGUCCGUGACCGAGCCCGUGGCCAGGGAGAGGAAGGUGGUGAACCUCACCACCCACAACGUCGCCCCGGCCGUAGACCCAAACGUUGUCAGGGGCCACAAUGUGAUAAAUGUCAUCAUCCCUGAGAGCAGGAUGCACUUCUUCCAGCAGCUGGGAUACAUCCUGGCAACCCUGCUGCUCUUCAUCGUCCUCCUCAUCAUCGUGGUGCUCGUCACCCGCAAGCGCCGGCAGAGAGGUUAUGAAUAUAACGUGAAGAAAUAUGGAGAGAAGGAUGUGAACCUUAAGGAAUUUACAGUGGACACAACAGAUCUGACCCCACACAAAAGUGAAGACAUCAGGCUGGAUUACAAAAACAACAUCCUGAAGGAGAAGGCUGAGCAAGCCAGAAGCUUCCCAGCAAAGAACAUUGAUUUAGACAAAGAUUUCAGGAAGGAAUAUUGUAAAUGAAGACAUUCCCAAGCUGCUGGCUGGACCAGAAGCUUCAACCAAAGAUAGAUAACAUGGAAGAGAGAUGACUUUUCUUAAUACCAUCUCCCUCCAGUUCCCAUAGAGUUGUUUUUGUUUUUUUUUUCACAUAGACUUGAGGGUGUUUGCAAAUGCUUCUUGAAAGAGUUAGACUGUCUUGUGUGCAUUUAUGGGUUUGGGUUGCCUUUCCUCCUCGUCUCCCAGUCCUCCAUUCCCCUCUUCUUUUCUUGAUAUUAUUGUUGGUUUUAUGCAUCAAUGAUUUUUAUGAGCUGAAUCAGCAGACCUUUUGCUUUGAUGUUAUUGCUUUAAAUAAACCAACCUGCAUCACUGCUCUGGAGCCAUCAUUAUAUAUCAGGCAUUUUUCCAUGUAGUGUAUUCAUCAGAAUAAUAAUAAUAGCAGAGCCUGAUCUCCCGUGGGCUGGCAUAAAUCAGUGUCACACAGCACUUUACACGUUCCAGGUGAAGCACAAAGAGCACAGCCCUCCCAAAUGGCAAUAUAAAUACCUCAUUUUGUGAAUGGGGAAAUGUCAGGAUCCUCAUUUUGCAGGGGAAAGGGAGGCAGAUAAAUGACCACGAGUAGAUUGGGUUCAGCCCCAAAGAGCUCUGGAAGCUGAACUCUGUAUUUCUCACUCUGAGCUUGUUUGUUUUCAUUUCAGUGCAGAUCAAAUCAUAUUUGGCAGGAGCAGACACUUGAGUGAUGGAGUUGCAGUGCUGUAACACCAGUCUCAGUUAGAUCAGAUCCAGGAAUGCUUUGGAGGGGGCUGAACUCCUGUGUGGAACCUGGGAUGGGAUUUUUCUGCAGUCCUUGGGUGGACCCAGGCCACGCAGAGCACAUCAACCCACAGGUAUGGUUCCAGCACAGGCAGGUUGGAAAUGGGAGCAGCUCCUCAGGAGCAGCCCCUGAGGAACAAGAGCAACAGCAGUGAAGAGCCUGUCAGGAAUUUUGGUGGGCCAGGGCCUCAGAAGGGCAAUCCAGGAGUGAGAGUAAUCCAUUCUCAUGGAUUUUGGCGUUGUUUUGGUGAGUGGACACCUGAGGUAGUGGGGCUGUGGGCUGAAGGGGAGUUCUACAUAUGAACAGCAUGUCAGGUGGGGAUGCCAAAAAAUCAGGAGUUAAUUCGGUGUUGUGAUCCAAGCAGGUUAAAGCACCGUGGAAGCUGGGGAAUAUUAACAGUUCUACACAGCUCCUCUGACCACCUGGGGUGUUCUGGGGCACCAUUCCCAGACCAGGCACUCCCACGGUCCUUGGGGCACAGAAGGAAAGGUUGUGAGCACGAUGACAGUGAGUUGUGCAAGGGUGAAGGUGGCUGAGGGUUGCCAGGGGUGAAGGUGGCUGAGGGUUGCCAGGGGUGAAGGUGGCUGAGGGUUGCCAAGGGUGAAGGUGGCUGAGGGUUGCCAAGGGUGAAGGUGGCUGAGGGUUGCCAAGGGUGAAGGUGGCUGAGGGUUGCCAAGGGUGAAGGUGGCUGAGGGUUGCCAACCUACUCUGGAGAGAGUGGCAGAGGGAGGGGUUGUGUGUGGGCUUGGUGACUGGGUGGAACUGGGGGCAGGGUCUCCAGGACCCCUUUCUUUCUGCCCCUGCCAACUUGGGUGUCUUGUCUGACUGAUGCCAAUGUUCUUAGACAUCUAAAUCCCAUUCCAGGCUCUGUGUCCCUCCUCCCACGAGCACCUGGUGUGUGCCAGGGCUGGGGAGGACUCCCAGCAGGUCCCAGGGAUGCUGCACUGGGUGGGAUGGUCCUGAAAAGCUGAGCUCAGCUGCCCAGCUCUGCCAAAAGCGUGGUGGGUGAAGCCUCCUGUGUGCCAGAGGAGCUGUACUGUCUGUUCAGAAGGUUGGACACCACGACUUCAAUGCACACUUUUUAUAGGGGUAGAAAACGGUCCAUGUGCAUUUCUUUAGAUAUCAAUACUUCUCUCUGUUAGUGGGGUCUAUGUGAAAGAAUAACUAUAGUGAGGACCCUUAUUUUUAAUGCCUUCAAGUGGUAAAUAUUAAUAAUAGAAUAUAAGUAGAGGUGGAGUUCCUUAUCUUUUAGUUUGCUUAGCCCUUCCACUGCUCUCUGGACACCUUUUGGGAUUUGCAAUUAACUGCCUUUUUCUUCAUUUAAGAAUCACCUCUACAGAAGUGCUCAGGUUGGGCAGACCCAUGAGUAGUGGAGAGGAGGGUCUGGGCUUGGUCCCAGGCCCCUUUUUGCCGCCUUCUCCCCAAAACAGCCAGGAAUUCUCAGCCUGCCUUAGGGCUGGGGCUGAUUGAAACCCAGGCUGCAUUCCUGCAGGUGCAGGAGGCUCUGCUGGUUAUUCCAUCAGGGUGGCAGAGUCUCAAGUAAUUGUCAUUAAUGUCUCUCUCCCUCCCUUUCAUGUCUGUGAGUCAAAGGCUGGAGAUUUUCACUUGCCAGUUCCAAUUGCUGAGCACAGCUCACAGAGACACCAGCUCAAAGUGGGGCUCCUCAUAAGCUCCAGGGGCAUUUAAAUACUUCAGUGGACUUCUAGGCUGCAAAACAGCUUAAGGGGAGAAAAAUUAAUAUGUUCUCUGUAACAAGGACUAGGAAGAGCUUUAUGAGUUCCUCAUCCUUGCUUUGAUCACUAGUUGGAAUUUGGGUAAUGGUCAGACACGUCAGCAUAACCCUGGGCUGGUCAAGUUGGGAUUGUGGCCCUUUUUCCUUCAGGAGAGGCACAUGCUGAGUGAUUUGCCUGCUGAUCACAGCAGUGGGUUUCAAAAAGCAGCUGCCACAUCCAGUGUGUGUAAUUUAGGGUGUCAAAAUUCUGGCUGAAGGAGACCCAGGCAAGACUGCUGGACAACCAACUGUAUUUUCAAACUGUUGAAAAAAAGAGAAAAGGACAACUGGAACAGUAAACUGAAGAGUUCUGGCUGUUUAUUUCUUAAUGCAGAGGGAUUAUCAAAGGCUGUUUGCCCUCAAAUAGUGGUGAGAAGCCACUCGGGUUUUUCACAGUGCACUUUGCAGUCUGUCAGUCUCUGGCACGGGGGGAAGUUCCAUGUAGCUGAUCUUGCAUGUGAAAAUUAAAAGGUUCAAGUUGCAGGACCACUGCUCUCUGUCCCUGCUCUGCCACAGACUCACUGCAGUGCCAGACAGGUUGGUUUUCUCUCUCUCUCUCAUCUCAGCCUUUCUUUCCCUAAUCUGGGGCUGUAACUUGCCUCUGGUGGAGAAACACCUUUUUAAAGUGUGUAGCACUUUGGUAAAUGUGCAUUGCCCGAGUUAUUGGAGAUGAUGUUCUCCCUGUACCAAUUAAAUGUUGCACCUUGACAGACUCCUUUGCCUGUCACUUUGCAGGCUUUGCCUCAUCACAGCCUCCCUGGCUUCCUGAGACAUGCAUUUUAUGUUCAGUUAGUCAAAAUAGUAAUAAUCCCUAAUUUUUACAGCAGUUCCUCCUCAGUGAGUACUGAGGCUCAAUGAGGGCAGAGAAAUCAAAGUCUCUUUUAGGAUAAUGUGUGGACUGUCAGCCCUUGGUGUGGGACAAGGAAAGGCUGUUUGGCAGUGACCUUGAAAGGGGUUAAAACUGAGACUAGAACUAGACUCUUUUCAGCUCUGUGCACACUCUGCUUCCUCUCCAGACUGAGAGAAGGACUUAGUCCAGAAAGCUUGUGGUUUGUUUUUUUCUUUUUAAUUUGUUGUAACUGAAUUAAUUUUCAUUAUUAUUGUUGCUUAACUUUUACCAUUUGUCAUUGCUGUGUAAUUCCUAGUGUUUAAGAAAUAAAGGAGAAUUUAAUGGA